AUGGCCGCCACAUUUUCCUACGCCCAAGCAGCAAAGGGCUUGCCGGCAACACAAUUGCCCGCUUCGAAACUAGAGGAGCAAAAUACCGAUUCCAACGCACAAGCGAACGAAGUCCCUGAAAUUACCGAAACGGAUGCUCCUGCUGAGGAGGAGAAGACCGUCGCUCCUAGUGAUAAGGAAGCGGAACCCGUUGUGGCCGCCCAACACGACGUCUCCGGGACAACCUCUCCCAGUGUUGCCAACUCGUCCACCACCGCACCAAAGGACGAAGACUCGAACACAGUGAACGGAUCCUCGGAGUCGACAUGGGACAAGCAGUCCCAGGCAUCGGGAGUCGAGAAGUCUACCGAAGAGACCAAUGAGAAGUCUGAUGAAAAGAAGAAUGUCUCACCACCAAAGGAGCUCAAGGCAGCCCCUCUGCCCGCUGUCAACGUCUGGCAGCAAAGAAAGGAAGCACAGGACGCCAGGGUCAAGGCUGUCGCGGCUUCGAAACCCGCUUCUACCAAGACUGAAGCCUCCAAGGCUGCAUCAACGGCCUCUUCGACAACAGGGGAACCCCAGCAGGAAUUGCCCAAGGCGGCAUUGAAGAAAAAGGGAGCAGAUGGUGCGCCUGAGGGUACCAAGCGGAAUAAGGCCGACGGAGCCAAGGGCCGCGAUGAGGAUGUACCCCCAGUGGCCGAUGCUUCCAUGUGGCCUACCCCCCAGGUUGCCCAAGGAGAGGAGAAGAAGAAGGCCCAGGAGAAGCUCGAAAAGACUGAUAAGACUGAGAAGACCGAAAAGAACGCUGGUGCCCGUCAUGGUAAGGAGAAGUGGAUGCCCGUUCCAUAUGUGCCCAGCGCAGUCUUCAACACCCCGCUUCCGACCGCUGGCGCUCGCAGAGGUGGCCGUGUCGCACGAGGUGGAAGGGAGGCUGGUCGCCAUGGUCCUCACGGUGCCGCUGCCGCUGUCGAGAAGACUGCUUCGAACCAGGCUCCCCAGGGUGCUGCCAAGCAAAUGGCUUCUGAGCCGAACACCGGCCGUGCCAACUCCUUCCCUUCGAAACGAUCCAACAGCGCGGAGGCUCCUGCCGGUGCCUCCGACUCGCGCAAGGGCGUUGACCGGAGCCGUGGUCCCAAGGGAGCGGACGACGCAAACGCUGGCAAGCAGGUCAAUGGAGACUCAUUCCCUCGUCAUGCCAAGGGCUUCUCGAGGAACCACGAGUCUGUCCACAAGGGCGACAGGACUCCUUUGUCCGUUGAUCCCCAGGCCCGCAACGGUGUGACCCAGGACCGCCGUUUCGAGAAUGGACCCAAGUCUGCUGACUUUGGUGGUUUCCACGCUGAUCGCGAGAACCACCACCAUAACCACCACCGGGAGCGUGGUGACUCUCGUCCCGAGCGCGGACGAGGUGGUUCUCACCGGGGACGCGGUGGCCACUCGGGACAUGGCUCGCAAACCCCCUUCUACAACCCCAUGCAGCACUCCUUCGUUCAUCCCAAGUCGUUUGGUUACAACAAGAGCAUGAACAACCGCGUUCCUUUGCGGUCUCCCUCGCUGCCUAACUCGGCCAUGUAUGGUGUUUACCCCUUCCCUGCCGACAUCAACACCAUGUAUGCUGCCUACCAGCCUAUGCCCGCUGGCCCCAUGACGGCGUUCCCUUACCAGCCUUACAUGGAGCCUUUCUCUCUUAUGAGCAUGAUUUCGAUGCAACUUGAAUACUACUUCUCUGUUGACAACCUGUGCAAGGACUUGUUCCUCCGGAAGCACAUGGACUCGCAGGGAUUCGUCGCAUUGAACUUCAUCGCCAACUUCAAGCGGAUCAAGACCCUGACCGAGGACUACGAACUCCUCCGUCAUGUUUCGCGUCAACUUCGAACUGUCGAGCACUACAUCGGCGAAGACGGUGUCGACCGUUUGCGCCCAAGAGAGCAAUGGGGACAGUGGGUCUUCCCUAUCGAUCAGCGUGACCCCUCUGCUCAGAGCGAAGGCCCCCCUCCGUCGCGGAUCGAGAGCUCGCCGGCCCAGAACCAUGUCGAGGGAGCCGUUAACGGUGUGAGCCACCAUCACUCGCUACCAAACGGCACUUCUGUUUCGAAGACGUCUUUGUCCUCGACAGCCCCAGAGUUCUCGCCGUCCAAGUCUCUGACUCCUCAGAAUGAGGUUGCAAAUGCAAACUAA